AUAGGGUGACCGUGCUUGAAACAAUAACAAAAGGCGAUGAACCUUGUAUUUACGCUUUACAACACGAACCGUGCCAUUAUAUUAAACCUAAAGUACAAACAGAACAUGUGUCAACAGUUAAAUCUAACUUUCGAGCCUCAAAACAAAAGUUUUUUCAAGUUCUGUUUAUAGUUUCACCCGUAACAAUGCGACCGAAUUAAAAAGUGUUGCGGUUGAAUACGAAACAACGCGUUGCGUGGACUUCUAAAAGCGGCCGGGUAUAUUUGACAGCCAUGAGUCCGCCAGUCGCUCCUUAAACGUUUCGCGGGUAUAUCGCGUCGCGCCUUUCAAAAUUAAAACUUUUCUCUUCUUCGAUAUACUUGUAAAAUGAAAUAAAUCGACUCGAAAUUCGACAAAUCGCAAUAGUUAUAGUGCUGCAUUGUGUGUUGUGUGAGUUUUAGAAAUGUUUAGUGAUAUAUAGUGAAGUUCUGCGGUGAUUCAUCUCUGGAACAAGAUUCUGUUUAUGUGUACGUGUGUUGGAAUUCAAGUUAUAACUGCAAAGGAAAUGUGUGAACGUUGAUUUUUUUGGGAUCUGUAGAAGGAGAGUAAGCUUGCGGAGGAAAUAAGAUGAAAAGCAGAUGUGAAAAUACUUGGAUAUUGUGAGGGAUCUUCAGAGAAAAAGGUCUCGGUCUCGCAGAGCAUAGAAGGCUGGGCUGACAGACAAUAUCUCAGUGUGACCGACGUGAAAUGCAUCUGCUUCAUAAUACACAAGAUUCCGAAAACUAAAAUGGCGGCGCGAACACUACACAAACUAUUAGUUGUAAGCCUGGCGCUAACAACUGUCGCCGCAGACUUCACGGCCAACUGCCCACAGGAAUGCAAAUGUGUUUGGGCGAGCGGCAACAAGCAGGCGGACUGCUCACAAGCAAACUUCCACGAAAUUCCCAAAACAUUAAGCACGGAAAUUCAAAUACUCGACCUCACCGGCAACGAACUGUACGAGAUCUCACGACACGCCUUCGAAGAUGUCAGACUAAUUAAUCUGAAGAAGCUCAUCCUGAGAGACUGUAAAUUACUAACCAUCCAAAGGAAUGGCCUCAGCGGUCUCGCUAUCAUGAUCGAACUGGAUUUAUCGAAAAACGACCUGAAAACGUUGCACGCGGAAACGUUCAGAGAAACCUCGAAAAUUAGAUGGAUACUCCUCAAUAAUAAUCAUAUUGAAAAGCUUGAGGAUGGCCUCUUUAAUAAUCUACCGUUUUUACAAAAGGUUGAUCUCAGCAAUAACCGUAUAGUACAGAUUGGUGUUAAAACAUUCAUGAAUGUACCAAAACUUAAUAUACUCAGGCUUGAUGGAAACAAGCUCGAGCACCUAAAGGAAGAUGCUCUAAAAUCGUUGACGUCCUUAUCCAAUUUAGAUGUGCACGACAACCCUUGGCGGUGCGAUUGUUAUCUACAGCCCUUCAGAAAUUGGUUGAUGAGCAAAAAGCUUUACACUUCACCGAUAUCGUGCGUCGAACCAGCUAAAUUGAACGGUAAGCUGUGGAAGGAGUUAGAUUCCAGUGAUUUUGCUUGCCGGCCGAGCAUUGUGUACCCUUCGGUCAAGAGUACGAUACGAUCAGCUGAUAACAAUAUCACGUUAUCGUGUCAAGUCAACGGCAAUCCCCUGCCUGAAGUGAAUUGGGUCCUGAACGCACAAAUAAUAGAUGGAACGUAUAGAUACCAAGGGGAAAUUAAGUAUGUGUUAACGCAGAGCAAUACUGAGAAUAGCAGAUGGUUGAACUUAACAAUCAUUGAUGCUGGGAGUACAGAUAAUGGAAUGUACUUAUGUGUGGCUAAAAACUCAGGCGGAGUUGAAGAGAGAAAUGUUACUCUAUUUGUUACGCACACUGCUCCUGGAAUAGUCCCACCUACAGGAAUGGAUAGCAACAUGCUACCAGUUCUUAUCGGAGUAUCAUGUGCGGCAGCUAUCUUGCUGAUUAUCCUUGUUAUACUGUGUUACUGCUGCUGUAGAAGACGUUCUUCGGACAAGAAGAAAGCAGAUAAUUCGAACGGAGAGGCUCUUAUUGAAGGGUCUGUGAUCCCGGAGAUGGAAAAGAGCCUGAUUACGGCUGUGAAUCCUGUGACAAAACCGCCGCGAAGAUACGACGUUCUUCCAUUUGCAGCUCACAAUGACGACGAAAAACGAUCGCUCGACUUUGAUCAUCAGAAACGAUCACAAGAUGCACUGAACGGUGACUACGGCCGGACGGAUGGUAGAGCGUACCCACCCGACCUGCUCUCUUUCCCCGCUAGAGCAGCUCAGAUAUCUCCCGCAGCGAGUAACGCUUCCACUGUACCAGACACAAGCAGGCUCCAAGUGAACCCAGUCAGUCCUAUUCAUUCACCGAUCUAUGGCAUGACUACAAACCAAAACAUCUUCAGAACUCUACCGUAUUCUCGCUCGCAAUCACCCUUCACAGCACCAAUCACACCACCAGUAGUAACACCUCGACAGGGAUACGUUACAAUACCGCGACGGCCUCGAGUUCCGUCAUGGUCUAGUACGGCCAGCACACAGAUUUUACCGAGCGCAGAGGCACAGGAACCACUUUAUGACAAUUUAGGCUUGCGAACAACUGCGGACGGUAGCUCUGUGCUAUCCCUCAACAAAGCGGGCUUGGAACAACAGUUUUCACCCAUGAGAAACAGACCAUUGCCAGCCACUCCGACUUCUUACCCCAAUUCCCAUCCCGUAUACUAUGCACCUAUUGAGGAACAAGAACCUGCUCCAUCACCAGUUCCACCACCAUUCACACCUACAAGAAAUAGCAUAAGUUCACAAUUAUCGACCCAGCUCUCUACCCCUGGUCCACAAGAACCUAUCAAUCCGAGAAUGAGUUGGACUGCGAAAAGUACAUCCACUCCUCAACCUGAGCCGAGAAAACUUGUGAUGGACAAUAGAAAUUCAGAUUCCCACGCUGACACGCUGAAUCGCAAGGGAAAACCUGAAACAGGUUCGCUCAGGAGAAACACUAAAAUCGAAAAAGAAGACAGUUCUCCGUCGAAGGAAGAUCCGAGGAAAAAUGAAAGUAACACGUCCAUGAAUCAGUCCGGUACGAUGGGUAGGAGCGGAAAGAUCCCACCGAGGCCCCCGCCUAAACCUAAGAAGAAACCAAGCACAGAAGUGAGUCCCAGCGAACCACUGUUUGAAGACGAAGGCGAGGAUGGCACGGAGGUGUAGUGCCAGCAGCAUCUCAGUUAUACAAUGUGCCAAUGAGCUUGUAGUGAUAACGUCGCAGUGAAUAUCAGUGAACAAGAAUGACAAGUGACAUUUCAUUUUUGCGGUGCUCGUGUAAAUAACUGUCGUGCUAGAUUUUUUACUAUUGCGUACAAUUAUCGUAUGGACCAUUUUGCGAGUUUUAAAAUAAGUAUUGUAAUUAGCGUACGCCAUCGAGUUAAGGAUCGUAUUGUACACUUACGUGUUAAGUAUUUAUUUGUUUGUUUAGACAUCGAAACGGUAGCUACUCAUCGCUUGCCAAUUGCGAAGGCAUAUCUUGAUCCAUUUUAAGACUGAUUAUUAUUCUAAAUUGGUUCUACAUUCCGUGUUUGUUCAUUGUAAUUCCAUAUUAUGCAAGCCUAACAAUGCAUUUGUUUUAAAAUUUAAUCAUUUAGGAAUAUUUGGAAGACUGAAGAGAUUUAGGCGCUUUCGACUAUUGAUCACGUCAAUAGUCCGUAGAAAGCGCAUUGUAGGUGUAUCCUUAACCUUCAUUUCACAUUCACAUUGCGCGGUUUUAUACAUAUUAAAUUAGGACUCAUUGUAAAUCCCAUUCUACUAAUUAACAGUCAAUUACUUCCCAUGAUGUUGUAUUUUAAAAAUUACGAAUGCAAUAAGCGUGAAUCGAUUACUAAAGUUUUUAACUGUUUAGUUAAUAUCGUUUUAGUUAGAUAUACAGUGAUUGUUUACAUUUCGCCGAUCGGAGUCUUUUAUUGUAAUUAUUUUGUAAUGCACCUUUUGCAUCAACGUUACUAGUUCCUAACGUUAUUUUACAUUACCAUUUUAUAUCGAUCAAGCACCGUUAUUUUUAUAUUUACGUAUACGUGUUUUAUGAAUUAUUUUAAUCGUAGCGUUGUAAAUAAUUUUAAGUUGUCUUAAUAUCGCUUAUAUCGCAAAAACUUCAGUUCCAACGGUGCGUCCCUUUUAUUGGAUUUCAGUUAUAUUUUCAACUUCACGAAGUUGAUAGAUCUUCGUUAGAUGAAAUAUGUACUGGUGCUUUUAUGUCGAUAUUUAUUUUUGUAUUUGUAUUUUAUAUUCGUAAAGGACACGUAUUAUGUGAACAAUUUAUAUGUUGACGUUUAUUUUAAGUAUAUAGAAGUUCGUAUUGUGAUGAUAUUUUUUUAAUUCAAACUGACCAGGAAUAUUUAACCAUUUUAUUUUGUAUAGAUACCUAUUGUAAUAGGGUUAUUAAAACUUUUUAGAUGAUUUGCUUUUACUGGUCGGUGUAAAGAACAUUUAACCUUAUAUUGUGAUGUUUUAAAGUUCAUUUUCAUAUGAUUUCUAUGGUGUAUUAUAUGUUAUUUGAUACGAUAUAAGAAAACAAUUUAAAGUAUUUAGUAUGAAAACGUACAAAUAUUAUUGUAUUUCCUUUUUUAUGUGCAGUCGGUGCCUUAUGCAUGCAUCUGUUAGAUAUCCGAAUAAAAUAUUUGUUUUAAUGAUUUUCAUACCGACUGUACUGUGAUUUGUUUUCAGCGCGAUGGUACAAUGUAUGUAUGAAUUUCUACAAAGUUUACUGUGAACAUAAUGUUUUAUCGUUAAAACGCUACAUGUAAAUAUUAUAAACUGAUUAAAGCUAUAUUUCAGUA